AUGAGCGGCAAUGCCGUCGCCAUAUUGUGGGGCAUUCAACACGAUAAGGCCGGCACUGCCGAGGCCAACACGGCAUUGCCGACAUCGAAGCAUCAGCAAUUCUCAACCUUGCGGGCAUUUGCCAGAGAGAUGGAGCCUAAAUCUACUUCAAAUGCCAGAUGUUUAAAUGGCCACGGAACCUCUGUCAAUCUUGUCGAACUUCGAAGUCUGUUAAAUGACGCCAUUAUAAAUUAUGAAAGGAAUCGCCCAAAGUCGUUGAGCAUCCACAAGAAUGCUCUCGAGGUCUUACCAGGAGGAAAUACUCGCUCAGUCCUCUACACCGAUCCAUUCCCCAUUUGCAUGGACCUAGGGAAAGGGAAUAGGUUGGUAGAUGUUGAUGGACAUGAAUACCUGGAUCUCAUUGGCGAGAUGACUGCCGGACUCUGUGGCCACUCCCAUCCAAUCAUUCAGGAAACCAUAAUUUCAACUGUCUUAAAAAAGGGAUUAAAUCUAGGUGCGACAACUGCAAUUGAGUUUGAAUUUGCACAAGAGAUAUGCCGUCGAUUCUCAUCCAUAGAGCUAUUGCGCUUCUGCAAUUCAGGGACCGAGGCAAACCUCUACGCCAUCAGCGUUGCUCGACAAGCAACUGGCUUAUCAAAGAUCAUUGUCUUCUCAGGAGGAUACCAUGGUGGUGUUCUAACCUUUCUUCAUGGAGUUGCGGCAAAUAAUGUUGACAAGGAAAAUUGGAUUAUUGGGAAAUAUAAUGAUGUUGAAGGGACUCGCAAAUUGAUAUGCGAGAACAAAGGGAAAGCGGCAGCGGUUCUCGUUGAAGGCAUGCAGGGAGCUGGGGGCUGCAUACCAGGCAACCCUGAAUUUCUGCAUACAAUUCAAACUACCGCCAAAGAAAAUGGGCUUAUUUUCAUUUUGGACGAGGUCAUGACUUCCAGGCUUGGUCAAGGAGGUCUUCAAUCGAGAAUCUUGAGCCCCGUUGAUCAUACAGCUUUGAGACCUGAUAUCACAACACUUGGCAAGUAUAUUGCUGGAGGAAUGACUAUCGGGGCCUUUGGGGGGCGAACGGACUUGCUUUCAGUAUAUGACCCGCGGCCAUCUUCUGUUUCGGGCAAUAGUGAAAAAUCACUUAAACCUAUCAGUCACUCUGGCACCUUCAACAACAAUACGCUGGCAAUGAGUGUCGGACUUGUCACAAUGUCGACCGUCUAUACAGCCCAUAUCUGUUCUGACCUCAAUGCGAUGGGUGAUAAGUUUCGACAAAAUCUCAUCGAGAUAGGUCGAGGUACUAGAAUGACCGUGUCUGGUGUGGGGGCCGUGUGCAAUAUUCACUUUGUUUCGCAGACGCUAUCAGGAGACAUCCGGUGUAUGGAGGAUUUAGAAGACAUGCAGACCGAGACUGAUUUAAUCUUGAAGGAUGUAUUCUGGUUUCAUGCAAUCGAAAGAGGAUUCUGGAUUGCUAGACGUGGCAUGUUGGCUUUGAUCAUGGGAACCACUGAGUUGGAGCUUGGAGGUUUUCUUGAAUUUGUCAAGGAGUUUAUGCAGAAUUUUCAAUCCGUGCUGAAACUUUAG